GUGUGUGCGAGUGGAAGAAAGCGCACGUGGUUCGUUGUUUGGUUGUUUUGUCUCAACUACCAAUAAUGAAUUUGUACAUUCGGCUCGGUUUAGAAUUUUGGUACAGUAGAACAAUAUGGUAAACAAUAUUGAUACAACCUUUCUACACAAUUUCAGCAACUAUUUUAACAAGAAAACAAACCUACGGGAGAACUUUAAUGUGGAUUACGUGGGGUAAAAGGAAUCGAAGGAACAGGAAAUGAAAACAGGCAGCGUUUAAACAGCGAACAAGCUCUGAAACAUCUCUCUAAACUGCACUGCGAAUGGCAAAGAAUAGUUGAAAUAGGCUUUCCUUUCCCUCCUAUCCCACUUUCACUCUAUCUCUGGGUCGUGUUAUCUGCUUUAGUCACGGCACAGGAAACGAAAUAAAAGCAAAACAAACAAAACAAAACAAAAAACACUAGGGAAAGGCACGGAAAACUCGCAUAUGAACCGUAUAAAAUGCAGGUGGAAACAAAAUAGCAUAGCACAUUACAUAUUUAUCACGCAUUUUCUCAUAAAAACAAAACUUAAAACAAUCGAAAACGAUCGCAAAGGGUCAAAUUAUGAAAGAGGCAGUAGUUUUAAGCGCUGCGUUUGAUGUGCGCUAAAGUUGGCACGGAAAUAUGGAUGAACGGGACGAGCAAAAGGAACAUAACAAUCAAACAAUACGGCCCCCGCAGAGAACACAGAUUACACUCAACAACAAUACCUACGACAGAAACUCAAUACACAAACACACACUCCAUGGGAUAACAUCCAUAUUAGUCGCUUUUCAUAGUUAAAAAUAAAGAAAUCAGAAAAUGAAGCUGUUUAGUAUUGUUUAGGUGUACUAUUUAAUCGUUGAGAAUAUUUAAUCUUCUAUUUUGACUAUUCACGCCAUGUUAUAGAUUUAAUUAUAAUUAUUGCUACGGAAUAAUUUUUCAGCAGUAUAUUUUGUUGUUAACCUUCGAUUUAAAAUUGCUCGAGCAGAUUGGUCGAGUAGUCUGAGCUGUCAAAGUGUUUAUUAGUGUGUGUGUGUGCUACAUCAACAGAAUUUGAAGAAUAUAAACAAAGGAUGCGAUUUGGAUGUAGUACAAAGUGGUUGGUUAAUUUUGCUUAAAUUUAACAGAAAAAGUUAUAAAAUAGGAAGCAUAGCGCUAGAAAUGCCACCGAUGGUGCAACGAUGUAUGGUAUGCGGUACGCAAGAAUCCUCAGAAUGGCACAUUCUGGACGAAGAUUCUGUUUGUUCCGAUUGUCAUGAUGCUCAGUUAAAUCCUACGCCGGAAUCAUUGGACGGCGAAAGAUCUCCCGAACGGACGGUGGCAGAAAACGUAGAACACGAACGUGAUGAGCUAGUUGAACACGAUCUAGAGUCGUCAGCAGAACAUAAGUUGCAUGAUGCACUACCAUGCAUGAUAACUCCGAAGAAAACGGAUGGUAAGAAACUAUCCACCGAUGAACAUCCCGACGUAGAAUUUAGUGCGGAUGUAAACAAUGCAGAGGAGCUGGACGAAAUGCAAGACAGCAUCACGGCCCUUAGUAUGUUUUCACCACGACGAUUGCGACGUCGUGUUUGUCCGGUUCGGGAACCGGUGCGAAGAGAAUCCAAAAAGAAUGGACGUACGUACCAAGGCACGAAAGCCAAAUCACGACGAACGCUCAUGAAAAAGAUGCCAGUAAAAUCUCCGCAAGAGACAGCAUCGACUAAAACCGUUUCGAAGCUGCUGGAUGAUAGCACCUGGUACCAAAUUGGUGACAUUGUUUCGAUGGUCGAUGCAAAGGACAAUACCUACUACGCACAAAUUCGUGGCUUGAUUAUAGACGCAUUCAAUGAGAAGAGUGCGGUUUUGACUUGGCUGCUUCCCACCACGGUCAGUCCACCACCAAACGAAGCGUUCGAUCCAGCUACGUAUCUGGCCGGGCCAGAUGAGGAUGUGCCAAGGCGGCUCGCGUACAUGAAGUUUGUAAUGCACGCUCCCACCAACUACUAUCUGGAUCGCAACAAUCCGUAUCCACGCCCGGAAUGUUAUGGACCUUCGAAUACAAUGCAGUCCGACAAUCGAAACUACGUGUGGACCAGCAUCAACCGUGAUAGGUAAUCGUUUCUAAAGCUAUGAGAUGAGGAAUAUACGUUAUUCAAGUUAUUGAUAUUGAAAUAGUGCAUAAGAUAGCUCAAUUAAACAUUUAAACAUUGAGGGAAAUUUAUUCAAAAUUAGUAGCCGGCAAAAUAUAGUUCACAAACGCGUUCUGUCGCAUAUCGAA